AUGGAGAAUCUUAGUUUUAGGGAAAUUCGAGAGAAGAACGCUUCCAGAGGUGUUCCUUCCCGUACAGUUCGGUGCACAACGAGGUGGACCGAGGCGCCUCAGGUGAGACGGCAGAGUUUUUCAACGCCUGAAGCCGUCUUUGCUUCAGAAAAGACACGCUUUUGUGGUGAGCGUCAACUACAGCGCCGCCGCAGGACGCAGCUGUGUGCGUGGGGACUCGUCGAGGGCUCCGCUGUGAUUGGAAUUCUCGGAAUCCUUGUAACGCUGAAUAUUGUUUCCCGAAUUUCGGACUCUGCCCGAGGGACGCGCCUCUGGUCUCGGGAGCAAAGAGGCCUCUUUGUUCGCCGCAGGCCACCACCACGUGAACGCUGCACAAAGUGUGGUGGGUUUGGCAUCGUUCGGUGCUCUUUGUGCCGUGGUUCAGGUUUUGUGCUCUACGAGAAGAAGCUCCAGCAUAGUGACCCGUGCCCGCUAUGCACUGCUCGGCGAUACAUACGUUGCGGCAUGUGUCAUGGCAGUGGACGGCGGAAACUAGUCAGAAGGCAUGACCCUGCGCUGAGCAGCAUUCGCCUCAGCGAUCCGACUUCACUGUACAAUGCGUUUAGGGCGUGGAGAGAAGAGUUUGUGCGCCGCGGAUCGCUUUCAGUAGGCUUUCUGAAUCACGAGGGCCUCUUGAACCGUGCGUUCCGAGUAGCUUCGGCAUUCGCUGACUCGCUCAAAAGCGGUAUUGGUCGCAGCUGGUGCACAGUCCAAGAACGUGUUCGUGCGGGAAUUGAGCAACAUUUAGAAGCCCGCAAAAAAGCUCGAAUGAGUCGAAUUGCACGAGCACGCAGUUUCCUUGAAGAGCGUUUACAAAAAGAGUCACAAUGA